AAUAUAACUUACUCCACUAUAUCCGAAAUUCCAUCUUGAACUCGAAUUGUAUCAUCGAUGUCAUUCCCAAUCAAGGAGAUUCCAACGAAACCCUUUGACGGGCAAAAGCCUGGUACUUCUGGGCUUAGGAAAAGAGUCAAGGUCUUCCAGCAGCAACACUAUACUGAAAAUUUUGUUCAGUCCAUCUUCGAUUCGAUAGAGCCUAAAGGCGUCACAUUGGUCAUCGGUGGAGAUGGACGUUAUUUCUCUCCAGAAACAGUCCAGACAAUACUGAAAAUUGGCUCAGCCAACGGUGUCGCGAAAUUUAUCAUUGGAAAAGACUCUAUCCUGUCCACUCCUGCAGCUUCAAAUGUGAUUAGGAAGUACAAAGCAUACGGCGGUAUCCUCUUGACUGCGAGCCACAAUCCUGGUGGCCCCGAUAAUGAUUUCGGAAUCAAGUAUAACGUCUCGAACGGUGGCCCUGCUCCAGAAAACGUCACGAACAAAAUUUACGAGAAGUCCAAAACCAUUGCUUCGUACAAGGUCAUCGAGGCUCCUGCGGUUGAUCUUUCUAAAAUUGGUGAAGCUUCAUAUGGUCCUUCGAAAGUUUCUAUCAUCGAUUCGGUGGCAGACUACCUUACUCUCCUCGAAGAAAUAUUCGAUUUUCCCUUGAUCAAAAACUUCCUCUCCUCCCAUGCCGACGAAUACAGAGUUCUCUUUGAUGGUUUGCACGGCGUGACUGGUCCUUACGCCUCCAAGAUCCUCGUCGACACACUUGGACUCCCAGACACUUCUGUGCAAAACUGCGUCCCACUCCCGGACUUUGGUGGAGGCCACCCCGAUCCCAACUUGACCUACGCUCACACCCUUGUCGAAGCCGUUGAGAGCAACAAUAUCGCUUUUGGUGCCGCCAGUGAUGGGGAUGGUGAUCGUAACAUGAUCUAUGGCAAGGGCGCGUUUGUGACGCCUUCAGACUCUGUCGCUAUCAUUGCCGAUUGGGCUGAUGUCAUUCCCUACUUCAAGAAGGGUGGUGUGAAGGGUCUUGCCAGGAGCAUGCCUACUAGCAAAGCUAUCGACCUUGUCGCGCAGAAGAAAGGUUUGGAGUACUUCGAGGUCCCUACGGGCUGGAAAUUCUUUGGUAAUCUAAUGGAUGCUGGAAGACUUUCUAUUUGUGGUGAAGAAUCGUUUGGAACUGGUUCCGACCACAUUCGUGAAAAGGACGGUCUCUGGGCCAUCAUGGCUUGGUUAAACAUUAUCGCUGCUGCCAAUGCUAAGUCGCCGAACAAACUCGUCGGAAUCAACGACCUCCUCAAAUCCCACUAUGAAAUUUACGGUCGUUCCUACUUUAGCCGAUACGACUACGAGGAGGUUCCUUCAGAGGGUGCUAACGCCAUGGUUGCCGCUAUCAACGACGCGCUCAAGAACAAGUCGCUCGACAACACUACACACGUCUCUGCAUCCACCGGCGGAAAGUUCACCGUCUCGGGUAUAUAUAACUUUGAAUACAAAGACCCGAUCGACCACUCUAUCUCAAGUAACCAGGGUCAGGUUAUCACUUUCUCGGAUGGUUCGAGAGUCGUAUUCCGAUUGAGUGGGACUGGGAGUCAGGGAGCGACGGUGAGGAUGUAUGUUGAGAGAUAUGUUGCGCCUGAGGCUGGUGCGGCUGCCCUUAAUGGUGAUACGGCGGAAGGGUUGAAAGGUUUGAUUGAGGUGGCAUUGGAAAUCAGCCAGCUGAAGAAAUUCCUUGGAAGGGAAAAGCCCACUGUUAUCACUUGAUAUCGCCGAUGUCAGUUGUUAUGAACUUAGAACGAAUCAAAGUAGUAAACCCUUUCCUGUAUCACCAAAUUUAUUUCAUUAGAGACGUUUGAAGGGAAAAGAUAUCAUUUUGGACUUGUAGUAAAGUU